AUGGAUAUGGAGAUAAGAGAACAUGUCAGACAAAAUACUCUUUUCACUGUCAAUAAUGGGAACAAAUUGAGUUUUGGUAAAGAUAGAUGGUUGGGUAUCAAUACUCUGCAACAUUCUUUUUCUGCUAUCUACAAACUUUCUAGAAAGAAAAAUGCCUCUGUUAGGGCAAUGGUUUCUCCAGAUGGUGCAUGGCAUUUUGGUUCUAAAAUAAAUCCUAAUGAGAUUGAAUUGGGAAACUGUCUUUCUUCUUCAACAGCUGGUGGAACUUCAUCAGAUACAUUGCUUCACUUGGCAUUCUUUUCUGUGCUGGGAGACUGUGUCGACAAGGCUGUGUUUCUUGAGCCAUCCCCGAUUUCUUUUUUACCUCCUGAAUCUGUGUUGUCUCAAGAAGAAUUUGAGAAUGAAUUUAAUCUCAUGAUGAUAGAUGCAAUGGACCCUAUGGAUGCUUCUCCUUCUUCAGCCCAUGACCCCAAAUGGCGCCACUUGUUGAACUUAACUAGGAAAUACAAACUGGAUAAUAUUUGUCUGUUAGAAACCAUGGUAGAUGCUGAAACAGUUAGUAAAUACACUCAUCACUUGCCUUUUGAUGCUUGGUCUAUCAUUCCUGCUGUGGGUAAAUCUAGGGGUCUUGUAUUUGGUCAUUUUGAAAAGUCGAAUAUUGAAGUUCUUGUUGGGAUGAAAAAUCAAUGGAACUUUCUAACCAAUAUGAACGAGAACAACAACAAUCCUUGGUUAUUAGUCGGAGAUUUUAACUUCAUCUUGCAUAGUUCUGAAAAACAAGUUGGUAAUCCAGAUAAAUCUUUUCCUCCUAAUUUUGUUAGAGAAAAUCUUUUAAAGAUGAAUAUGAAUGAAGUGUUUUCGCUUGGCAAUCCUUUCACUUGGUGUAAUAGAAGAUUCAAAAAUCCUACUGAUUUGAUUUUUGAAAAGCUAGAUAGGGGAUUUAUGAAUGAUAAGUGGGUCACAACUCUUCCUCAUACUAGAGUCACCAAUUUAGUGAGAGUCUACUCUGAUCAUAGCCCUAUAUUGGUUAAGUGUUUUCAUUGGAAAAAGAAUAUUAAUAUUCCUUAUAAAUUCUUUAAAUGUUGGCAACUUAAUCCUGACUUCAAAGGUGUGCUACAUACUUCUUGGUCUAAAACUGUAAAAGGUAGAUUAAAUUCGGAGUUAGAAAAACUUCAGGCUUUAACUUAUUCUCCUCAAAUUGGUGGUUAUAUCCUAAAUUACUCUCAACAGUUGGACUAUUGGUAUGAAGUUGAACAUAGUUUCUACAUACAAAAAUCUAGAAUCGACUACUUUACACAGUCUGACGGGAACACUCACUUUUUUCAUAAUACUGUGAAACUGAGAAACAUGUACAAUACAAUUCACAUCAUUAAAGAUGAUCAAGGUAACUGGAUUGAGAAUAGAGAGCAGGUUGCUGAUUUGCUUUCUAAACAUUUUAAGAAAAUUUAUACUACUUCCAACCCUGGGAAUAAGGAUAUUGAAGAAGCUCUAAGACAGUUUCAUGAUAAUAUUGUUAUCACCCAUGAAAUUCUUCAUUCCUUUAGAAAGAAAAAGAAAAAUUCAAAAAAUGGUCACCUUUCUAUUAAGCUUGAUUUAUCUAAAGACUGGUGUCAAAUGAUCUUGCAAUGUAUCAGUAGAGUUUCUUAUUCUGUUCUGGUUAAUGGCUCACCUGGAGACACCUUCAUUCCUACUAGGGGCAUUAGGAAGGGUGAUUGCCUUUCUCCUUACAUAUUUAUUAUUUGUAUGGAAGUUCUGUCUCAACUGCUUAUAAAAGCUGAAGAUGAAAAACUGAUUCAGGGUUUUAAGUUCAAAAAGAAUAGUCCGUCGAUUUCACAUUUAUUUUUCGCAGAUGAUUGUAUGUUAUUUGCUAAAGCUUAUGUUACUUAUGCUAGGAACCUUAUCAAGAUUAUUAAUGUCUUUGCUAAAGCUUCAGGUCAGGCGAUAAAUUUUGAAAAGUCGGGUUUCAUCACUAGUGGUACCCCAUUAUUUAUAGGUAAAGAUAAAACUAAAUCCUUCAAUUUUCUCAUUGACAACUUUUAUGCUAGAUUGAGUUCUUCUAAGAAGUCCAAUUUAAAUGUUGCUGAACCUUCUGGUGGUCAAAAAAAUCCUAAACAUGUUGCUUACUUUCGUUCUUGGGGUGAUAUUGGUAAAGCUAAAUCGAGUGGAGGUUUAGGUAUUGGGAAUACUUAUGCCACUAAUAGAAACUUAUUAGAAAUUGACAAAGCUGCUGAUACUUCAUCCUGGAUCUGGAAAGGUAUUGUAAAAGGGUUACACUUUAUCAGAGCUAAUUCAGUGGUAAAAAUAAACAAUGGGGUUUCUACUCGUAUAUGGAGUUCUAACUGUAUUCCAGGGUUUAGUAAUCCUCCUAUUUCUGCUCAUUCUUCUCGCAGUAAUUAUAUCUUUGUUAAUGACCUUAUAGAUAAUCAUAAUAAGUGUUGGAAUGUCAGUCUGUUAUCUACCUUAUUUUCUCCUGAUGAUGUUAUCAGAAUUAGAUCUAUUAGGUUAAAUCUUAAUCAGUGUAACUCCUUAAUGUGGGGUCACACCAUAAAUGGUAAGUUUACGAUUAAGUCAUCAUAUAGAAUUUAUAUGAAUGAUUUUAGUUCCUCUGAAGAUUCGGCUUUUUGGAGGAAAGUUUGGGGUAUUGAUUGUCUGCCAAAGAUUAAGUUCUUGUUGUGGAAAAUUUUCGCUCAAAUGCUUCCUGUCAACUCUAUGCUUCAGCUUUAUAACCCGUAUGUGGAUGUGAUUUGUCCUCUCUGUCAUUGCCAUGAAGAAACUUUAUUGCACUUUUUUGUGAAAUGCUCUAUCGCUUCUCAUAUUUGGUUUGGAGUUUCUUUACAGCACUUGAUCCUUACAAAUUUGGACUGGAUUGAUGACUUUUUUCUGUUUUGGCAUGAUUCAGCUCUUGGUAUUUCUCCUUUUAAAGUCUCUUGGCCUAGUAUUGGUGCUAUUGUCAUGUGGUGUAUUUGGAAGUUAAGAUGUGAUGUGCUUUUUAGACAGACUACUAUUGAUUUGAACAAGGUCAUUUUGGAAACUAAGAAAAAUGAUUAA